GUGUGGCACCAAAUGGAGCUCCAGCCUAUCUUCUCUCCUCCUUCAUCAGUUGGGAAUGCUUGCUUCCGGAUGAGGCACCAGAUAUGCAUGUCAAUGAACCAUCACAUGUGCAAAUCUGAUGCGAGGAACAGAGUUUUCCUGAGGCUGCAAAGUGAAUAUUCCUUCAAGAUUAGUAGAGGUUCUAUUUAUUGUUCAAAUUUCUCAGAGAACAAUCCUACCACACCUUCCAUUAGUGAGACAACGGAUGCCAAAGUCAUUUAUUCUGUUGCUCCUGCCAUGGGACAUAACAAGGAAUCACAUCCUGAAUGCAAUUCUAGAGUACCUGCCAUCAUGGAUGCGCUUGAGAAGGUGGAGUUGACUUCAAAGUUUCGUGGCUCGGAAGUCAUUGAACUUCAAAGCUUAAGACCUGCUUCAGUAGAUGACAUAGCAAGUGUUCAUGCAAAAGCAUAUGUCUCUGGGCUUGAGAAGGUUAUGGAUCAGGCAUCAGAAAAGGGUUUAAUCUUCAUUGAUGGCUCUGGACCAACUUAUGCCACGCCCACAACCUUCCAGGAAUCAUUGUUGGCUGCUGGAGCUGGAACUUCCCUGGUUGAUUCAGUGGUUGCUGCAUCAAAAGUUAGCCAUAAUCCUCCUGUUGGCUUUGCUCUGAUAAGACCUCCUGGUCAUCAUGCUGUUCCAAAAGGGCCAAUGGGCUUUUGUGUGUUUGGGAAUGUUGCAAUUGCUGCUCGUUAUGCUCAGCGUGCUCAUGGAUUAAAACGUGUGUUUAUCAUUGAUUUUGAUGUACACCAUGGGAAUGGCACAAAUGAUGCUUUCUAUGAUGACCCGGAUAUAUUUUUUCUUUCAACUCACCAGGAUGGAAGCUACCCUGGCACAGGUAAAAUAGAUCAGGUUGGUCGUGGAGCUGGUGAAGGAGCAACUCUGAAUCUACCUUUACCAGGUGGCUCAGGUGAUAUUGCCAUGCGAACUGUGUUUGAUGAAGUUAUUGCACCUUGUGCUCAGAGGUUCAAGCCAGAUAUAAUCCUUGUUUCAGCAGGGUAAUUAUCUAGAUCAUAUGUCCAUUCCAUAUUUGAUUUCAGAUUCUAAGGUCCUUUAGCUUUUGCCUUCAAUAUUUUUUUAUUAU